AUGGAUACUUUGACGCCAGCAGAAGUUACAGCUGUUAUGCUCACCAUCGGCGAGAAGAAGGCUUCUCAGAAAUACUACAUAACCUUUUUCAAAGCGUGGAUGGCAGCAUGGAUGCUCAACUUCGGAGCGAUGUCGGUACAGAUCUUCCAAGGUGGUGCAGGAACACUACGAACUGAUUAUCCGUCAAUCAUCAAUUUGGUAGCAGCGCUGAUUUUUCCUAUCGGUCUGAUCAUGCUUGUUCUUACAGGACAAGAGCUGUGUACAGCGAACUUCAUGAUCUUCAUCAUGACGUCUAUCAAGAAACGUACCAAGCUCUGGGAACUCCCCGUGAAUUGGUUGAUAGUGUUCUUCGGGAACAUGGCCGGGGCUCUAACCUAUGUGGCUUUCCUAGCACACUACUCCAAACUGUACAGUACGGACGCGUUAGUCAAGUACUCAGCCGGAGUGGCAGUAACCAAAACAGCUGAAGGCUGGGGUCCGUGUGUACUAAGAGGAAUAGGCUGUAAUUUCCUAGUCUGUCUUGCCGUAUGGCUAGGAGCAGGUGCCAGAGAGACCAUAUCGAAGAUAUUCGCUCUGCAUUUCCCAGCUUUCGCUUUUGUUUUCUUGGGCUUCGAGCACGUCAUUGUAAACAUGUACUAUAUCCCUAUCGGCAUGCUCAAUGGAGCAAACGUAUCAGUCGGAAAAUACGUGGGUCAAUCGAUGAUCCCAUCUUUGAUCGGAAACAUUAUCGGCGGAGCGUUAUUGGGAGUGCCUAUGGUACUAUUCUACACACCGCCCGAACUUCCCUUCUUCCACCGAAAGAGAGGAAAUUCAGUUGUGGUACGGGAGAAUGUAGAUGUCGGUGGUGGCACAAUCGGCGAUAACCUACAUGUGGAACCAGUCGAUAAAUCCACCCACAAUGGGCACAAAAAGCAAUAA